GCCACCACGGCCACGCAGCUGCUUCCCAGCCACCUCGUCGCCACGCGUCUUCGUCAGAAGCACAGUCUCGCCACCGACGUACCAGCAGCCAACUCUAAGUCGAGUUCAUCGUCAUCUCCUCGCCACCGCCUCUCUCCACUGCCUCUCUGCACCAGUAGCCACCCUCUUCAUCCUUCCUGGCCACCACCCAUGGAGGAAAGUGAGGCCCCUACCUCCUCUUACUUUCCCCGAGAACGGCCAAAGCUUGCAUCGCCAGAGUUACUGUCGCCGACGCCGUGAAGCCGCCGGUCACAGUGCAGCCAGCGAUGUUGUUCUUCAAAAUUCGUCGGCCACGUUGUCUCUUCUUCAAAAUCAAGAUCGUAUGGAAGAAAGUCUAUCAAGCUGUUGCAGAAGCUGACGUGGACCCAGACGACUACGUUGAAGCUCCUAGAAAACCAUAUAUUGCAAGCAAGCCCCGAGAGCAGCGCAACAUUUCUGAUGGUGCUGCCUUGAAGAAGACUGCUCUUCGCAGCCAUGAGGCCACCAAGAACCCAGUGAAAAAGACUGUAAUCUUUUCUGAUGAGACAACAAAAUGUCAUGAAUGGGCUAAGGAUGGUGUGGAGGGCACUCACUUGACUGGGAAUGAUUCUCAGAAGUUGGAAAAGGACAGGCAAGACAAACAAUGGAGUAACGUAAACUCUUUAUGCAAGAAUUGGAUCAUACUCCUACAGGCUUUUGAGAAGACAGGAAAGUUCUCUUCUUGUUGCUUUAAUUUUUUUUUUCCUGCAUAUUUGUAUGCACAUGUAACCCAUUGAAUGGUGUAUUGACUCCUGAAUUCCUCCAUUUAGCAUCCAGUGUAAAUCUGGAGUUCUGUUUGCACUAUUUUAUUUGUAGAAAUUGAGAGUUAUGUACAAAUUCUGGUCUAAGCCUGAGGAUGGAAAAUAGGUAUCAUUUUGAAAUGUUGUUUUCUUUUGAAUGUAAGAUCAUAUGUUGUAAUUAAAGUGACAUUUUUUCGUUCAAAUUAAAAUGAUUAUGGGGGUGGUGGUUAUGGCAACCAAGGAGGCUAUGGCGAUGGCAACCAAGGCUAUGGAGGGCAGUUCUAAAGAGCUUGCUGACUUGAAAACUUAAAUAAUGAGCUUUAGGACCUGAUAUGGCUUAUUACGUGAAACAUCAUUAUGUUUUACUUUCAUACCGUUUAUUAUGAGUCAAUCGUUCGUCUAGGUGAAAAUUUGUUGCUGCUAUAUUUGCCCUUUGUGCUUGUCGUCAAGGGCUUGUACGCAGGUAGUGUUUUUGUGAGUGAGAAUUAAGAACAUAUGCAUUGUCUUCCAAUCUACUGCAGAGUGUAGAGGGUGAUUUCUUG